CUUGACUCAUCACACAGAAACCGUACACACGACGGACCCCUCCUACCUUCCUACUGCAAAGACAUGUCUUCCUUCAACGGCUUCGACACAGUCCCAGCGGCUGCGUCUGGGAAAGCAGAGCCCUUUCAGCUUCACGUCCCAGACUCUGAAGUCGCAGACUUCAAAGACCUCCUUCGACUGUCCCGGAUCGGCCCCGAGACCUGGGAGAACAGCGUCAGCACCCGUGAAGGGGGCAAAUACUUUGGCGUCACACGGGACUGGCUGUCCAGCGCCAAGACCACCUGGCUGACCGAUUUCGACUGGCGCAAGCACGAGUCGCGCAUCAACUCGUUUCCCAACUUCAAGAUCCAGAUCGAGGACGGCGAGCCGCAGCAGCCGCUCAGCAUCCACUUCGCGGCGCUCUUCUCCAAGAAGAAGGAUGCGGUCCCCGUCCUCUUCAUGCACGGCUGGCCCGGCUGCCACCUUGAGUUCCUGCCCAUGCUGGAUCUCCUCAGGACCAAGUACACGGCCGAGACGCUGCCGUUCCACGCCGUGGUGCCGUCACUGCCUGGGUACGGGCUCUCGUCCGGCCCGCCGCUGGAUCGCGACUUCGCAUGUGCUGAUGCGGCUCGCGUCCUGAACAAGCUCAUGGUCGAGCUGGGCUUUGGUGCCGGCUAUAUCGCGCAGGGGGGCGAUUUGGGCUCCUUUUUGGCUCGUCAGCUCAGCUCCACGUAUGAUGAGUGCAAGGCAUAUCACGUCAACCUGCUACGUGCCGGCCCCGAAGUGGAUCAGAGCAACACGGAGGGCCUCGACGAGGAAGACUUGCUGCACCUGAAGAAGGCCAAGACCUGGUGGGAGAUGGGCUUGGGCUAUGCCAUAGAGCACUCCACGCGCCCCGCGACGAUAGGCCUGGUUCUGUCCUCGAACCCUCUUGCACUGCUGGCGUGGAUCGGUGAAAAGUACCUUGAGUGGUCGGAUACGGACAUCGAACUGGAACAGAUUCUCGAGUUGACCUCCUAUUACUGGUUCACCUCCUCGCUGCCCCGGUGUAUCUGGCCCUAUAGGGAUCUCUUUUCCGCUCGAUACCAAAAGUCAGGCUGGCCGAAGACGGACAAGCCCUUGGGGUAUUCUGCCUUCUGCGACCUCGCAGUUCUGCCCAAGGGUUGGCAGAAACACUUUCCGAAUAUGAAGUUCCGAAGGGACCACGACAAGGGCGGACAUUUUGCUGCUCUGGAGCAACCGGAGUUGUUUCUCGAAGACGUAGAGGAGUUUGUUCUCAAUGUCGUCGGUCCAUUGCCCUGAAAGGUUGAAUUGCGAUGCAUUUCUCGUUGGGCCCCUCCCCCCUUCCAAAUCAUAUUGUUAUCCAAGUCCAGGUAGUCAAAUAUCAACAGACUAUUCAUGCCGUCAAGUAUUGGUGCAUGUGCCAUAAAUACUCUGAACGCAUGCAAUAAUUGAUUAGUUCACUCCAAGGCAAGUGCUUUUGCUUACUAGACUCGCACUCGCUUUCGUCAGAAUCGAAUGCGCCGGCCAUUUUGGGCCGCACUACAUGAAUACGCACUAGCUACUUAAGUUCUUAAUUAAAUUAGAACACCACGGCCAACG